UGGGAAGAGAAGAACUGUGGGCGUCUUACCCCAGGCCCUACGAAGCUAUGCCGUGAAAAGGCUCCCAACGCACUGGCAUACAGCAUAUUAGACGGGACACCACUUCUCUUGAGGACUGGAGGAAGAGACAGGAACAUUUUGUUUGUCUUCAGGGUGUCUGAAGGAUGGCUUCCCAGUUUCAUCAGCUUCGGAUCCUGGUGUGGAAAAAUUGGCUAGGUGUCAAAAGGCAGCCGCUUUGGACACUUGUCUUGAUCUUAUGGCCAGUCAUUAUUUUCAUAAUUCUGGCUAUUACCCGGACAAAAUUCCCGCCAACAGCAAAACCAACUUGUUACCUCGCACCUCGAAACCUUCCCAGUGCUGGAUUCUUCCCAUUCCUACAAACCCUCCUCUGUGACACAGACUCUAAAUGUAAAGACACGCCCUAUGGGCCACGAGAUCUGCUCCGCAGGAAGGGGAUUGAUGGAACGCUAUUUAAAGAAAGCGAAAUUCUGAAAAAGCCAUCCAACCCGAAGAGGGACAGCAAUUUAUCACUCCGGAGCACCCAAGUUCCAGAAAGAAGUCACACAUCAUUGGCCACAGUACCUCCAAGACCGAGCUAUGAUUUGGAAGGAACAGGCACAGAAAAUUUCAAUGGUAGCCAAUUGCUUACACGCAUCCUUGGUUUGGAAAAGCUGCUGAAGCAAAAUUCAACUCCGGAAGACAUACGAAGAGAGCUGUGUGAGAGCUACCCUGGGUACACUGCGGACUAUGCCUUCUCUUGGGUCACCCUAGGAAAAAACGUUUUCAACAAAUUUUGCCUUUCAAACAUGACACUUUUAGAGUCUUCACUCCAGGAACUAAAAUAUCAAGUCUCUCAGAUGUCAAGUGACCCCGACAAUCAGAAGAGGGUGUUCCGGGGACUUGUCCAGGUGCUGUCCUUUUUCUCUCAAGUGCAGCAGCAAAGAGAAGUGUGGCAACUUCUGUCGAGCUUACCAGAUGUGUUUCAGAACGACACCUCAUUGAGCAGUCUAUUUGGCGUUCUUCAAAAGGCAAACAGGGUGCUGCUGGUAGUGCAGAAGGUUUACCCACGUGUUCAAACUGAUGAAGGAUUCAGCACCCUCCAGAAGUCUGUUAAACAUCUGCUGAACACUCUGGACUCCCCAGUGCAAGGUGACAAUUCAACGCACACGUGGAGUGACGAUGAUGAGCAGACCCUGUCCCCGAGCAGUCUGGCUGCACAGCUCCUGAUCCUGGAAAACUUUGAAGAUGCUAUCUUGAACAUAUCAUCAAAUAGUCCAUAUUCUCCUUAUUUGGCGUGUGUAAGGAACAUGACGGACAACUUGGCUAAGGGAUCACCAGACAAUCUAAAACUUCUGCAGUCCACAAUUCACUUCAGAAAAUCUUUCCUUCAAAAUGGCUCCUCCGAGGACAGCUUCCCUCCAUUUCUUGAGAUCCUGAAAUCCAAGCUGUCUCAACUUCGAAAUUUGACGGAACUUCUCUGCGAAUCAGAGACUUUCAGUUCGAUCAAGAAGUCUUGCCAGUUCUCUAACAUGAGCUUUGAGAGGCUGUGUGAAGACCAUGCCUUUCACGUGCAACUGAUUGAAGCGGCAGAGCUGGGCACUGACCUCACCACUGGCUUACUGUACCAUGACAAUAUAAUAUCUGCAAAGCUGAGGGGUUUGCUCACUGGAGAUCCCAGCAAAAUUAAUCUCAAUGUGGACUGGCUCCUGGAACAGGCGUUGCAAAUGAAUUACUUGGAGAAUAUCACACGGCUAAUACCUACUGUAGAGGCCAUGCUGCAUGUCAACACCAGUGCAGACGCUUCAGAGAAGCCAGGUCAAUUAAGAGAAAUGUUUAAAAACAUAGAUUUGCUGAAAGAAGAUCUGAGGGCGAUAGGGAUGUCCAACACAAGUAUCGACAAGCUGCUGGCCAUUCCCAUUCCAGACAAUAGGGCCGAGGUGUUUUUCCCAAGGAAAGAUCAAAAGCCAAUGGAAAGGAUGAUGGAGCUUUUCAUAAAGCUGAGAGAGAUUCUCAAUCAGUUGGCUUCCGGCACACAUCCACUGCUGGACAAAAUGAGAUCCCUGAGACAAAUGCACCUGCCCAGGAGUGUUCCAUUAACACAGGCCAUGUACAGAAACACUCGAAUGAACUCACCAGCAGGAUCGUUUAGUACUAUCUCCCAGGCUCUGUGUUCCCAAGGGAUCACCACCGAGUACUUAACUGCUAUGCUGCCUUCUUCCCAGAAGCCAAAAGGCAACCACACCAAGGAUUUUCUCACUUAUAAAUUAACUAAAGAAGAAAUUGCUUCAAAAUACGGGAUUCCUUUAAAUGCUACACCAUUUUGCUUCUCCCUUUACAAAGACAUCAUUAACAUGCCUGCUGGGCCUGUGAUUUGGGCCUUCUUGAAACCCAUGUUGUUGGGAAAGAUUUUAUAUUCACCAUAUAACCCAACUACAAAGGCCAUUAUGGAAAAGUCCAAUGUAACUCUAAGACAGCUGGCGGAAUUAAGAGAGAAAUCGCAGGAGUGGAUGGAUAAGUCACCAAUCUUCAUGAAUUCCUUCCACCUGCUGAACCAGACGAUCCCAAUGCUCCAGAAUACUCUACGGAACCCCUUUGUGCAAGUUUUUGUGAAGUUCUCCGUGGGACUCGAUGCUGUCGAACUCCUGAAGCAGAUAGACGACCUUGAUGUUCUCAGGCUGAAAUUAGUGAACAACAUUGACAUCAUCGAUCAGCUCAACACACUGUCUUCCCUGACAGUAAAUAUUUCCUCCUGUGUUCUUUACGACCGUAUUCAGGCAUCAGACACUGUGGAGGAGAUGGAGAUCGUGGCCAAACAACUCUACAAGAGCAAUGAGCUCUUUGGAAGUGUCAUUUUUAAGCUUCCAUCUAACGGAAGUUCGCACAAAGAGUUUGACCCUGAAAAAGUCUCUCUUCCUCCUAUCGUAAGAUAUACCAUCCGCAUGAGUCUGAAGACAGCACAGACCACAAGGAGCAUAAGAACAAAGAUCUGGGCCCCAGGGCCACACAACUCUCCAUCCCAUAACCAGAUCUAUGGCCGGGCUUUCAUUUAUCUGCAGGAUAGUAUUGAAAGAGCAAUUAUUGAAUUACAAACAGGAAGGAACUCACAGGAAGUCGCCGUCCAGGUUCAAGCGGUUCCUUAUCCCUGCUUCAUGAAGGACAACUUCCUCACCAGUGUCUCGUAUUCCCUCCCGAUUGUGCUCAUGGUCGCCUGGGUUGUAUUUAUAGCUGCCUUUGUUAAAAAGCUAGUCUACGAGAAGGACCUUCGGCUCCACGAGUACAUGAAGAUGAUGGGCGUGAACUCCUGCAGCCAUUUCUUUGCUUGGCUUAUAGAGAGUAUAGGGUUCUUACUGGUCACCAUUGCAAUCCUCAUCGUUAUCCUCAAGUUUGGCAAUAUUCUUCCCAAGACAAAUGGCUUCAUUUUGUUCCUGUACUUCUCGGACUACAGCUUCUCAGUAAUUGCCAUGAGCUAUCUCAUCAGUGUCUUCUUCAACAACACCAACAUUGCAGCUCUGAUUGGAAGCCUCAUCUAUGUCAUCGCCUUUUUCCCAUUUAUUGUUCUGGUUACAGUUGAGGAUGAGCUGAGCUAUGUUAUUAAAGUAUUCAUGAGCCUGCUGUCCCCGACAGCAUUCAGCUAUGCAAGCCAAUAUAUUGCACGGUAUGAAGAACAAGGCGUUGGUCUUCAGUGGGAAAAUAUGUACAAAUCCCCUGUUCAGGAUGACACCACCUCAUUUGGCUGGCUGUGCUGUCUAAUCCUAGCAGACUCCUUCAUUUAUUUCUUUAUUGCUUGGUACGUCAGGAAUGUUUUCCCAGGGACAUAUGGAAUGGCAGCGCCAUGGUAUUUUCCCAUCCUUCCUUCCUAUUGGAAAGAGCGCUUUGGAUGCGCAGAGGUGAAGCAUGAGAAAAGCAAUGGCUUAAUGUUUACUAAUAUCAUGAUGCAGAACACCAACCCUUCUGCCAGUAAGACAAGUCCUGACUGUGCAUUUCCCUCCAACAUUGAACCUGAACCUAAAGAUCUCCAAGUUGGAGUUGCCCUUCACGGGGUCACAAAGAUCUAUGGCUCGAAAACAGCUGUUGAGAACCUCAAUCUGAACUUCUACGAAGGGCACAUUACAUCACUGUUGGGGCCAAACGGAGCUGGCAAAACCACAACAAUCUCCAUGCUGACUGGGCUGUUUGGUGCCACAGCGGGUACCAUUUUUGUAUACGGAAAAGAUAUCAAGACAGACCUGAAUACUGUUCGGAAAAACAUGGGGGUCUGCAUGCAACAUGACGUCUUGUUCAGUUACCUAACCACCAAGGAACACCUUCUCCUGUAUGGCUCCAUCAAAGUUCCUCACUGGACCAAAACACAGCUCCAUGAGGAGGUUAAAAGGACUUUAAAAGACACUGGACUGUAUAGUCAUCGCCAUAAGAGAGUUGGAACGUUGUCAGGAGGAAUGAAGAGAAAGUUGUCCAUAUCCAUAGCUCUCAUCGGUGGAUCGAGGGUAGUCAUUCUGGAUGAACCAUCCACUGGAGUGGACCCAUGUUCUCGCCGAAGUAUAUGGGAUGUCAUAUCCAAGAACAAAACUGCAAGAACAAUCAUUCUGUCCACACACCAUUUGGAUGAGGCCGAAGUGCUGAGUGACCGCAUCGCCUUCCUGGAACAGGGUGGGCUCCGGUGUUGUGGAUCUCCAUUUUACCUCAAGGAAGCUUUUGGGGAUGGUUACCACCUCACACUCACCAAGAAGAAGAGUCCAAACCUAGACACAAAUGCAAUCUGUGACACAGUGGCGGUGACAGCAAUGAUCCAGUCGCACCUUCCUGAAGCCUACCUCAAAGAGGAUAUUGGGGGAGAGCUUGUAUAUGUGCUCCCUCCAUUCAGCACGAAAGUCUCGGGAGCUUACCUGUCCCUCCUGAGAGCACUGGACAAGGGCAUGGGUAAACUCAACAUCGGCUGCUAUGGCAUUUCAGACACCACUGUUGAAGAGGUCUUCCUGAACUUGACAAAAGAUUCUCAAAAAAGUAGUAAUAUGAGUCUGGAGCACUUAACACAGAGGAAAGUUGGGAACCCUAGUGCCAAUGGGACCUCCACUCCUGACGACCUGUCCGUGAGCAGCAGCAACUUCACCGACAGAGACGACAAAGUCCUGACAAGAAGCGAGAAGCUGGAGGGCUUUGGACUCUUACUGAAGAAGAUAAUGGCUAUUCUCAUCAAGAGGUUCCACCACACCCGCCGGAACUGGAAAGGUCUCAUUGCUCAGGUCAUUCUCCCCAUCGUCUUUGUAGCCACGGCCAUGGGUCUCGGCACACUGAGAGAUUCCAGCAACAGUUACCCAGAGAUCAUGAUCUCUCCAUCCAUUUACGGCACCUCUGAACAGACAGCCUUCUACGCGAAUUUUGAUCCAAGCACCAGUGGUCUGGUCUCAGCUCUCUGGAAUUUCCCUGGCAUUGACAAUGUGUGUUUGAAUACUAGUGACUCGCAGUGUUUAAAAAAAGACGAUCUGGGAAAGUGGAACACAAGUGGAGAAGCUAUCGACAACUUUGGUGUUUGCUCCUGUUCAGACAAUGUCCAGGAAUGCCCCAAAUUCAACUACCAUCCACCUCAUAGAAGAACGUACUCUUCCCAAGUUAUUUAUAACCUCACUGGGAAACACAUGGAAAAUUAUCUUAUAUCAACUGCAAAUCAUUUUGUACAGAAAAGAUAUGGAGGUUGGAGUUUUGGGCUGAAAUUGACUAAUGACCUUCGUUUUGAUGUGACAGCUGUCCCUGACAAUAGAACUCUUGCUAAGGUGUGGUACGAUCCAGAAGGCUACCAUUCUCUCCCAGCUUACCUCAACAGCCUCAACAACUUCCUCCUGAGGGUUAACAUGUCAGAGUACGAUGCUGCCCGACACGGGAUCAUCAUGUAUAGCCACCCUUAUCCAGGGGUACAAGACCAGGAACAAGCCACAAUCAGCAGUUUAAUCGAUAUUUUAGUGGCGCUGUCCAUCCUGAUGGGCUACUCUGUCACCACUGCCAGCUUUGUCACCUACAUUGUCAGGGAACAUCAGACCAAAGCCAAGCAGUUGCAGCACAUUUCUGGCAUCGGUGUGACAUGCUACUGGGUGACAAAUUUCAUCUAUGACAUGGUCUUCUAUUUGGUUCCUGUAGCAUUUUCAAUUGGUGUCAUCGCAAUUUUCAAGCUUCCUGCCUUCUACAGUGGAAACAAUCUAGGCGCUGUAUCCCUCCUACUUUUGCUGUUUGGCUAUGCAACAUUUUCUUGGAUGUACCUGCUGGCUGGCCUCUUCCAUGAAACAGGAAUGGCCUUCAUCACUUAUGUGUGUGUCAACCUGUUCUUUGGCAUCAAUUCCAUCGUUUCCCUGUCAGUGGUAUAUUUUCUUUCCAAGGAAAAGCCUAAUGACCCGACGCUAGAACUUAUUUCUGAAACUCUCAAGCGGAUUUUCCUGAUCUUCCCCCAAUUCUGUUUUGGCUACGGUUUGAUUGAACUUUCUCAGCAACAGGCAGUCUUGGAUUUCUUAAAAGCCUACGGUGUGGAAUAUCCAAGCGAGACCUUUGAGAUGGAUAAGCUAGGGGCAAUGUUUGUGGCCUUGGUUUCUCAGGGCACCAUGUUUUUCUUGUUGCGACUCCUCAUCAAUGAGUGGCUGAUAAAGAAGCUCAGGCUCUUCUUCAGGAAAUUUACAUCUUCACCUAUCAUGGAGACAGUAGAUGAAGAUGAAGAUGUGCGGGCUGAGAGAUUACGAGUUGAGAGUGGUGCAGCUGAGUUUGACCUGGUCCAGCUCCAUCGUCUCACAAAGACCUACCAGCUGAUCCACAAGAAGAUUAUAGCUGUCAACAACAUCAGCCUGGGGAUACCUGCUGGAGAGUGUUUUGGUCUCCUUGGUGUGAACGGAGCAGGGAAAACCACUAUAUUUAAGAUGCUGACUGGAGACAUAAUUCCUUCCAGUGGAAACAUCCUGAUCAGAAACAAGAGCGGAUCCCUGGGACAUGUGGAUUCUCACAGCUCUUUGGUUGGCUACUGCCCUCAGGAGGAUGCUUUAGAUGACCUCGUAACUGUGGAAGAACACUUGUAUUUCUACGCCAGAGUGCAUGGGAUUCCAGAGAAGGACAUCAAAGAAACUGUUCAUAAACUCCUUAGGAGACUUCACUUGAUGGCCUACAAGGACAGAUCUACCUCCAUGUGCAGUUACGGCACGAAAAGGAAGCUGUCCACUGCCCUGGCCUUGAUAGGGAAACCGUCCAUCCUCCUGCUGGAUGAGCCAAGCUCUGGGAUGGAUCCCAAGUCAAAACGACACCUCUGGAGGAUCAUUUCAGAAGAGGUGCAGAACAAAUGCUCUGUCAUCCUCACAUCUCACAGCAUGGAAGAAUGUGAAGCUCUUUGUACCCGGCUGGCCAUUAUGGUGAAUGGAAGGUUCCAGUGCAUUGGGUCUCUGCAACACAUAAAAAGCAGGUUUGGACGUGGAUUUACUGUCAAGGUUCACUUGAAAAAUAAUAAAGUGAGCAUGGAAACCCUCACGAAGUUUAUGCAGCUACACUUUCCAAAAACAUACUUAAAAGAUCAGCACCUGAGCAUGCUGGAGUACCACGUGCCAGUCACAGCAGGAGGGGUAGCAAACAUCUUUGACCUUCUGGAAACCAACAAGACUGCUUUAAAUAUCACAAAUUUCCUCGUGAGCCAGACCACUUUGGAGGAGGUUUUCAUCAACUUUGCCAAAGACCAAAAAUCCUACGAAAAUGUUGAUACCAGUAGCCAAGGUUCCACCAUAAGUGUCGACUCACAGGAAGAUCAACUAGAUUCUUAGCACCUGCAGCAGAUUCAACUUCAGCAUCAACUGAUGGAUGCUUUCCGAAGAAGACAUUGCUUUUAAACAUCUCUUCCUUAUAAAGUGUUAUACUGCAUGGCAAGAGUACAGCGUAAGCCUGACAAAUGAUAAUGGACAUUGGUGAAUGUUACUGCUCCCAAAAUGAUUCCCUGUAUUCAACACAGUGAGCAUGCAAUGUAUAUGCUGGUGAUCCUUAGGGAAAAGGUGAACCACACACCUCAUGAUGAAUGUCUUAACUUAUUACUUUCAAUAAAAGGACAGCUUAAAAGGCAUGGAUGUUAGUAGUUGAAAAGUAGGGCCAGAGAAGAAAAGUAAGGUGAACUUGGGAAGACAGAGUUAGGUGAUCCAACGGUGUAACUUAUUUCUAGAAAAUAACAUGAAUUUAGUGUGUUGUAUGAAGUGCUAAGGCUCAAUUAACAGAAAACAUGGAGCACACUGCAUACUGUCUAUAAAAGGUGUGUGUGUUGGUUUCAGGGCCUGUGAAUACUUGGGGAUAUAGUGAGCUCCCCAUGGUGCCUUAUGAUAACAAUAUAGUGAGACAACAGUUUACCCUGGUGGUAAACAAACUUGGACCAGAAACUUCUUGCUCAUUGAUAGGAAAUAGGUGUGUCAGCUGAGCAGAUCCUGAAAGAAAUGGGGAAAGAACUCAUGUGCUGCUGGCAGGCAAUAUUUUAAAGCUUUUCCAGAAACCUUCAUAAUCCUAGUUUCACCACAAGAAACUUUUUGCUGAAAGAAAAAUUAAUAUGAAAAUAUUUUUAUCUUAUUUCCUGGUAGACCAUACCUAUGGUUAUACGAUAGGCUACUUGAUAAUGUCAAGUUACAUGCCCUUUGAAGAAGUGCUUUAUGUACCUUUGCAGAGAGAGAGAGAGAGAGAGAGAGAGAGAGAGAGAGAGAGAGAGAGAGAGAGAGAGAAUGUAUGUGUACAAGUUUGCCAGCUUUGACACAGCUGUUUCUGUUUCAAUGACCAAUAAACUCAAAGUUUAGAAAAA